AUGCCUGAGCUAAUUGAGCAGAUGUACUGCUCCCAGCAGAUCGUGAUACCGCCGAAGUUUCCAUAUAUAUUGAAAAGAUAUUGCAAAGCGGCAAUAAAAACCCAGCCGUACGAUCUGUUACGUUGGUCGUACGAGUACUUCACGGCUUUAUCAGAACAUAGGCCGCCUCCGGUCAAAUUGAGGCUGGAGUAUCCUAUUUAUAGCACCGAGGGCGGACUUACGAGAGGAUGCUUGAAGGUGCUUGCUAAUCAGACACUCACUCACGAGCCUGACGGUGGGUCAGCAGCCAUACCUGUUCAAGAUUUCCUCAUGAUGUACCGCUUCCUAGCUGCCAUGGAUGCGUCCAAAGAUGUCAAAUAUCUAAACGGAUAUAGAGAGGGGGAAACUCCAAAGACGGAAUCCACUAUGGAGGAAGAAGAACAGGUCACGUUAGAAGUGGUGUCUGAACCAGAUACUGUAUCUGACGAAUAUUGGGGAGAGACGAAGCAAGUCCAGAAACUUAACCUCAUAAAUGACAUGGUCCCUCAAACGACAAGACUCAGUUUGAAAUUAAAUAUGCCGGCUCUUGGAAAGAUAGAGAGAUCUCCGUCUAUGGAGAGAGCGGGACAGAUAGAGAGAGAGAACUAUAUGAGGGAAAGGAAAGGUCGUAUUAUAGAUUUGACUGAUGACAUUUCAUGUCAUUUGAACGUAGUUAAAAAUAAACAAAAGCUUCGACAGAUGAGCGGCGAAGAAAUCCCAGCGCAAGAUAAAAAAGAAAGAAAAGAAGAAAAGACUGAAAAAAAGAAAGAAGGAAUUGAGAUUAUUCUUCACGACGAAGAAGACAAUGAGAUACCUUAUGAGAUAUACGGGGAACAGGCCGCAGAAGAAUUUGCAGAAGAAGAAGAAUCGAAUAUGUUCGGUACAGAAGAAUCAAAAGUUACAGAAGAAAAGAAUAGUGAGACUGAUAGAAUAAAAGAAUUCUUGGACGAAUGUGAAGAAAGACGAUUGGAACGUAUAGCUGAUUUGGAGAAAACCUUCGAAGAAAUAGAAAUUAUUGUGGACAAGUUUAAAUCUGCUAAUUACGAUCUAGGUAUGGUCGCCGGCAGACAGAUGUCUACUACAAGCGGUGAAUUCAUAGUGGCUCAAGUUGAAAAAGAUAUUAUGGAUUACAUAAACGAGCAAAUAGCGAUACUACCGGACCCUGACUUGAAGAAGAAGAAGGCAAAACCAGAGGAAAUAGCGAUGAUUAGGGAACUGGUGGAGAACUAUCUUGACGAGAACAUGGAGGCCAUUGUACCGGAAGUAGAGGAAGUGGAGGAAGAGGAACUACCUAUACCGGAAGUGACAGUGGUUCACGCUGUACCAGGUAUAGGUCCAACUGUAGAUGAAGAUAUUGUACACGAGCUCGAGUAUUACUUGCUCGAUGUGUGUAAGGUGCAGGCUGAUAUGGUGAUGCCUAGGAACAUUAGACACUUUCUUUGCCCGCCGCUGGAGAAAUACAAAGAGCACGAUUAUGAUAAUCUUCCAUCUAAAGAGGAACUGGCGACUGGAGGGGUCAUCACAGAUUAG